GGACAACGGAUGGUGAUUUCUACAGAUAUCAUGGACAUGGACGAGCAUCAAGGCAUUUGGGAGGACCUUCCGAGUGUUUGUACGUUCUCCUUGUGCUCCCAGUGCUUAAAUCAGGAUCUAGUCGUUCACCAUCAGACUGGUCAAUCCUCAAUUUUCCAUACCAUGGGGUGUACUACAGCAUUUGUCUUAUCUACGCAGAAAUCAGAUGGUAAACAAAACCCGACCUUUCCAAUCCGAUGGGAUCACUAGAGCAAGAAACAGGGACUGCCAGUCCACACACAAAGUCCCUCGUUUGCGGAUCCGAACGGAUGCGUUGAGCGAUGGAUAGCAAGAUGGCUCACGGAUUAAUGACUUGUUGUUCCGAAGGUGUGUGUAAUUGCCCUGGAUGUCUGCUGCGCUUCGCAAGGGAGAAUCUCGCUCUUGGGGACUGGACUCAGACUAUUGAACCUUAAACCACAGUAACGCCUGUGCAAGUAGAACGAACUCUCUGAUCCAUCUACUCCGGACAUCCGUACAGCACUUCUACUUAACAAUUCUAUGCCUCAGCUCUGAGCUUUAAAAGGAGAAUUGUCGACGUAGCUGUCUUGGCUGAGAAGCAACCGGAAGCGGGAUUUUUACUACUUUCCAGAGUUCAAAGAAGAAUUGAGCUUUUACCGCGAUGAUGGCCCGAUACGAUGGCGCACUUGGCUUGGGAUUUGUCAACCCCCCUGUAGUUAUCGCUUUCACUGUGCUAUCCGAGCCUUUGGUGCCGCCGAAGUUACUCCACAUGACGAGCCUUUCUUUGUCUGCCAAACAAUUCAACAUGUCAGCAAUUUGGGCAGCUAAAAUUUCCCAUUGGAUCCCCGGAUAUGUCGUAUUUCCCUUCCUUCUCCCCAUGACCUUGCUCUCCUGGUUUCCAAGACUGCAAUACUUGUUCCUGAAUUUGUUUCAUGUCAGAUUACCUUUUCCUUGGGGUAACCCCCUAAAUGCCAGGGAACGUGGGGGUUGUUCUCCAGAAUCUCUGCGGGGUACACAGGCGGAAAAUUUCAACCAUUGGACAAAAAGCCCAUGAGUUACAUACAACGACAGACGAGCAGAGAAGAGUUCCAUCAGACUCGCAGAUCAUGGUUCCCGUCAGUGUGACCUGGAUGCUACCUAUCCGAGAAUUACCCCGGAUGGCUGGGACCAACCCCCACGCCGGGACAGUUCCGCUAGCCACCUAGCUGCAUCUUGCUAUCUUGUCCUGCAGCUCGUGUUCUUCUUCGCUGUGCUACAAUGAGAUGAGAUGAACCGCGAAGCUCUGGGCGCUGGAACAUUCUCAAACGGCCUCUGCUAUAAAAGGCCAGCAUUACCUAUGGUACUCGAUGUAAAUCCAAGCAACAGCUGCCGCCCUAUUACUUAGGCUUCUCUCCGUGCGCAGAAGCAAUGAUGCGUCUUCUACUUCCCUUACUUGUCACAGCCGCCUCGGCGCUACAAACCCUCCCGCCUGUGGACUGGCCUGGCAGUGAGGACAUCUCCGGUUCUGGGUUCUCCAUUUCCGAAGCCCCAAAGACGAUCUAUAUCGAAGAGAAGUUUUCGGAACGAAGGGAUGAGAAUGGAAUGACUCUUAUCCCACCCUCUGGUUAUGAAUUCGCCGAAACGUUUCUCUCCGAUCUGGAGGAGAUUACCCGCGAAAAAUGGUCCCUUGAGCGUGUAAAGGAAAUCCCGAGCGAUGCCAAAGGUAUUAUUCUGGGCGCUUUCAGACAGGAUGCUGACGCCUUGACUUACGAGGAUGGAACAAAGACGGAGGAGGGUUACGAGCUGGAGAUUAAGGAUGGUCAGGUGUAUGUUGGAGGAACUGGCGCCCGUGGAAUGUACUGGGGCACCCAUACAUUCCUACAAUUGCUGCUUGUACACGGCGACAAGGAGAUUCCUGCUGGCCGCGUUGAAGAUGCCCCUUCUUAUGCAACCCGUGGCUACCUACUUGACGCUGGACGGAAGUGGUACACACCAGCUUUCCUGAAGGACCUCUGCACGUACGCAUCUUUCUUCAAGUUGUCUGAAUUCCAAUACCACAACAGCGACAACUACCCCCUCAAUCGCGGGCGAAAUGAGACGUGGACUGAAGUUUACUCGCAAUUCGCUCUGCACCCCGAGAACGAGGAGCUGCACGGUGUUGUCCAGCGCGCGAAUGAGACUCUCAACCGAGCGGACUUCGAAGAUAUGCAACAGCAUUGCGCGCGCCGUGGUGUCAGCAUCAUUCCAGAGAUUGAAGCACCUGGCCACUGUCUUUUCCUUACCAAAUGGAAACCAGAGCUUGCAUUGGAAAAGAAAGAUUUGCUGAACCUAACUCACCCCGAUUCGAUCCCCCUUGUUAAGUCUAUCUGGGAAGAAUUCCUCCCCUGGUUCCAGGUCAAGGAAGUACAUAUCGGUGCUGAUGAAUAUGACCCCACGCUUGCGGACGUCUACAUUCAGUUUGUGAACGAAAUGCAGAAAUUCAUUAAAGAGAAAUCCGGAAAGGAUAUCCGUAUCUGGGGAACGUAUGAGCCAUCGGAGAACUACACUAUUUCCAAAGACAUCAUUAUCCAGCACUGGCAAUAUGGUCAGUCCGACCCCCUUCAACUGGACAGAGAGGGAUACCCAUACAUCAACUCCCAAGAUUGGUGGGGAUACAUGUCUCUGAAGAGUGACCACACCCCUAUCUUCCCGGCUACCUACCCACAGUUCUUCAACAACACGCGGACAUUGAACUUCGCCAACAAGCCAGACUGGCAAUGGGAACCGUCGCUUUUCAACCACGUGAACGUGACCGAGCAGGUCAAGCCAGGCGCGAAGGGCAACAAGGGUGCCAUCAUCGCGGCUUGGAACGAUAACGGACCCGAUGCCAGUACACAACUCGAAGCAUACUACGCGAUGAGGGAUGGAAUUCCCGUCGUUGGCGCCAGAAUGUGGGCGGGUGCACGAGGCAAUCGUCUCGAUACCAAGUCACUGCCCGCAUCCAUGGAGCUCCUGACGAACCGUGCUCCAGGCCAAAAUCUUGAUCGACGCCUGCCAUCUGAGAAGGGAGAUGAAGAGCCCGGCGAGACGCUCUUGACCUGGAGCAGCGACAAGGGCUCGAAAGAUCUGGGCCAAGGUAGCAAAGGAAUGAACUACACGCUGAUCCUCGACGUUACGGGCCCCUUCAAACUAUCUUCCGAUGACACAUCUCUCUCCCUCGACGAUGCUGGAAACCUCCUUUUCAACUCCGACAACUGGGUCUACCCCCUCCGCUCCGUCGGAGAGGAUGACGGCUACGAUCCAGGCCACCCCGGCCGAAUCUGGACCAAUGCCACCAGCUCCACGCACGAGCCUGUUACCGUCCCCCUGACUUCACAGGUGACCAUUAAGACCGAUGUGAUCGGCGGAAGCAGAGUAUGGAUUGAUGGGAAAUUCAGCGGACGAUUUGAAGUGUUCGUUUUCGGCGGAAGGAAUACUAUCUUCUCGUGGAACCAGAUGGCACUUGUGGCCCCACUUGAUAAGAUUGAGGGCGAUGGAUUGAAGAGCUUGACGCUCAAGAAUGGCAUUGGGGAUUCAUCAGGCGGUGACGAUGAUGAUGACGAUGACGAUGACUCCUUCUCAGCGGGUAACCGGAUUGGUUCUGCGGGCCUUUGGGCUUGCGGUCUUGCUCUGAUGGGCAUGUCUCUCCUACUGUAAGAAUGAUGAAGUAUUGAUUGUGAAGAACACAGAAUAACAAUACAAACUCAACCAAUGAUUUUAUUUAUAUUUUUUUGGGCACGGCACCUUUUGCAAGUGGUGGCUUUGUAUAGUUAAACUAGUUCAUUUCUCCAAAGAAUAAAUUGUUGAGAUAUUUAAUGAGACAUUUUUGCACCC